AUGGGCGCGGAAGCUACUGAAGUUGAAGCGGAGAUGGUGAAAUGCGAGUGUUGCAGAUUGACGGAGGAGUGCACGGUGGCGUAUAUAGCUAGAGUUCGGGAGAGGAACGGAGGGCGGUGGAUUUGCGGGCUGUGCGUGGAGGUAGUGAAAGAUGAGAUCAUGAGAUCGGAGGCUCUGAUUCGGCACAUGAAUUUCUGCAAGAAGUUGAGAGCUUUAAGGCCAACGGAGGAACUGAUAUCGGCGGUGAAGCAACUGAUGUUAAGGAGUUUGGAUUCGCCGAGAUCAAGUCCGGUGAGUAGACAGAGACGAUGUCGGAGUUGUUUUUCAGCAGUUGAUAGUUGA